AGGCGGUCUGGCGCAGGUGUUGUCCCACGUGCGACGUGAACCUGAGGGCAUCAUGCUGUGAAGAGAUGGGGGCUGUGGUGGGUCGCGCCAUCAGGAACUUUAACCUAGAGAGCCGCGCAGAACGGGAAAUCAGCAAGAUGAAGCCCUCUCCCGCUCCCAUGCACCCCUCCACCCAGAGCCUCCUGCGAGAGUUGAUGAGCCGGCGUCCAGAAUUUAAAGGAGAAAUUGCUAGAAAAGAUGACAAGCUGCUGUCAUUUUUAAAAGAUAUUUAUGUUGAAUCCAAAGAUCCUGUGCCUUCUGAGCAGGUAAAAGAUGCUGGAAGACAUCAAGAACCAAAGGAGUUCAGAUUGCAUAAAGGCCAUCGCUUUGAUAUGAUGAAUAUUAAAAACAUUCCUAAAGGCAAAAUUUCCAUCGUAGAGGCAUUGACACUUCUCAAUAAUAAUAAACUUUAUCCUGAAACAUGGACUGCUGAGAAAAUAGCUCAAGAGUACCAUCUAGAACUAAAAGAUGUAAAUGCCCUACUCAAAUAUUUUGUUACUUUUGAUGUCAAAGUAUUCACUCCUGAAGACAAGAAAGCAAUACAAUCAAAAUGAAGAAAAUCAUAAAAUUACUUUUCCCAAUUGUUCUGUUGGGAAAAUUGUUCUCCCCAUCCCCUUGUUCUGUUAGUUUCCUUAUUUUUAGCACAUUAAAUUAUAUAAAUUGCCAAAUCUUUAAAGCUCCCCAAUGAGGGCACUCUGUUGAGCUCUGCUGACUUUUCAAUAUUGCCGACAGAAUGAGUCUUGUUUUUUUUAAAAAUUUUAAUUUGGUUUAGGUAUGUGAUUGUACUAUGUUAGCAUGACUAAUCAGUGCAGCAUCUGUUAAUUUAUUAUAAAUAAAAGAGUUAAUCUGUUAUUUUAGGCA